GCGAUCCUCCUCCUCCUCAGUCUCAUCCUACAAUUCAAGAGUGCACCAGAAUAAGAAAAAAAAAAAAACAUAAGAGGGAUGUCUGCACAGUGAAUUUGAGAAGCAAAACCUUACUGGCACAAAAAAAGGAUUUUAGAAUGGGAAAACUGGAGUUUUGUUGAUCACUCACAGCUGCAAGUGGAGUCUGUGUUCUUGUUAUUGGUUUUUUUUUUCUCAUCACAAUGUGUGAGGGAUGGAUGUGGGUCGGAACCCAGUUUAUUUUCGUUACGGAUACGAGGACCGGCAAGUUAACAGCAUGAAUUACCGAGGGCAGAACAACUGAUAUCAAUGUUAAAUUUGACUCUGGAGGGAGGACCAUGGCGAAAAGGAAGGGACUGUUAUUUUCACUGCUGUACUUUAUAGCAGAGUUUCGGCUUACUUCACAGCAGGUCCUAAGAAUUGGGGGCAUCUUUGAAACGCUUGAGAAUGAGCCCAUUAGUGUCGAAGAACUGGCCUUUAAAUUUGCUGUGACCAACAUAAACAGGAACCGGACCUUAAUGCCAAACACCACAUUAACCUACGACAUCCAGAGAAUAAACCUAUUUGACAGUUUUGAGGCCUCCAGAAGAGCCUGCGACCAGUUGGCUUUGGGUGUGGGAGCUGUAUUCGGCCCCUCUCACAGCUCUUCUGUCAGUGCGGUCCAGUCUAUUUGUAAUGCCCUGGAAGUCCCUCACAUCCAGACCCGCUGGAAACACCCCUCAGUGGACAACAAAGACAGCUUCUACAUCAACCUCUAUCCUGAAUACACGUCCAUCAGCCGAGCUGUGCUGGACAUCGUGCAGUACUACAAAUGGAAGACGGUCACUGUCGUCUAUGAGGAUGCAACUGGACUUAUCCGUUUGCAAGAACUGAUCAAAGCUCCAUCCAGAUACAGCAUCAAAAUCAAGAUCCGUCAGCUGCCAGUAGGAAGUAAAGAUGCCCGUCCUCUGUUGAAAGAGAUGAAGAAGGGGAAGGAGUUCUAUGUCAUCUUUGACUGCUCUUAUCAAACAUCAGCUGAUGUUCUCAAGCAGAUCCUGUCCAUGGGGAUGAUGACUGAAUAUUACCACUUCUUUUUCACCACACUGGACCUGUUUGCCCUCGACCUGGAGCCGUACCGCUACAGCGGGGUCAACAUGACGGGCUUCAGACUGCUCAACAUAGACAGCCCUCAGGUGGCCUCGGUGGUGGAGAGGUGGGCCAUGGAGCGACUGCAGGCUCCCUCCAAACCUGAGACUGGAAUGAUGGAGGGAAUGAUGACAACGGAGGCGUCUCUGAUGUACGACGCCGUCUACAUGGUGGCUGCUGCCUCACAACGCGCCUCACAGAUCACCGUCAGCUCCCUACAGUGUCACCGACACAAACCCUGGCGCUUUGGAUCACGCUUCAUGACCAUGCUCAAAGACGCACAAUGGAACGGCUUGACGGGACAAAUAAUAAUAAACAAGACAGACGGCCUGCGGAAAGAAUUUGAUUUAGAUGUCAUCAGCCUCAAGGAAGACGGCUUGGAGAAGACCAUCGCAGGCAACAACCGCCUGAAUAAAGUGUGGAAAAAGAUUGGCGUGUGGAAUUCCCAAACAGGCCUUAAUUUGACUGAAACCAACAAGGACUCAUCCACUAAUGUGACUGACUCAAUGGCCAACAGGACCCUUAUUGUCACUACUAUUCUGGAAAAUCCUUAUGUCAUGUAUAAGAAGUCUGACAAGCCUCUGUAUGGAAAUGAUCGCUUUGAGGGCUACUGUCUGGACCUGCUCAAAGAGCUGUCUAACAUUUUGGGCUUCUCCUACGAGGUAAAGCUGGUGUCUGAUGGCAAAUAUGGAGCUCAGAAUGACAAAGGGGAGUGGAAUGGCAUGGUGCGAGAACUCAUUGACCAUGUGGCUGACCUCGCCGUGGCCCCUCUCACGAUCACAUAUGUGAGGGAAAAGGUGAUUGAUUUCUCCAAGCCCUUCAUGACUCUGGGGAUCAGCAUCCUCUACCACAAACCCAACGGCACAAAUCCGGGAGUCUUCUCCUUCCUCAAUCCACUGUCUCCUGAUAUCUGGAUGUAUGUGCUGCUUGCAUGCCUGGGGGUCAGCUGUGUGCUGUUUGUUAUUGCCAGGUUCACUCCCUAUGAGUGGUACAACCCUCACCCCUGCAACCCGGACUCAGAUGUGGUUGAAAACAACUUCACUUUAAUAAACAGUGUCUGGUUUGGAGUUGGAGCCCUUAUGCAGCAAGGAUCUGAACUGAUGCCUAAGGCCCUGUCUACAAGGAUAGUCGGUGGAAUAUGGUGGUUCUUUACUCUGAUCAUAAUCUCCUCAUACACUGCCAACUUGGCUGCCUUUCUGACUGUGGAGAGGAUGGACUCACCAAUCGACUCUGCCGAUGACUUGGCCAAGCAAACCAAAAUAGAGUACGGUGCUGUAAGAGACGGCUCCACCAUGACUUUUUUUAAGAAAUCUAAGAUUUCAACUUAUGAAAAAAUGUGGGCGUUCAUGAGCAGCAGGAAAAACACAGCGCUGGUGAAAAACAACCGCGAGGGGAUUCAGAGGGUUCUAACCACGGACUAUGCUCUUCUGAUGGAGUCAACCAGCAUCGAGUACAUCAGCCAGCGUAACUGCAACCUCACACAGAUUGGAGGCUUGAUAGAUUCAAAGGGCUAUGGUGUAGGAACCCCGAUUGGCUCCCCCUACAGAGACAAAAUCACCAUCGCCAUCUUGCAGCUCCAGGAGGAGGGGAAGCUGCACAUGAUGAAGGAGAAAUGGUGGAGAGGCAAUGGCUGCCCAGAGGAGGACAGCAAAGAGGCCAGUGCUCUGGGUGUGGAGAACAUAGGAGGAAUCUUCAUUGUGCUGGCAGCUGGGCUGGUCCUCUCAGUUUUCGUGGCAAUUGGAGAGUUUAUUUACAAAUCCAGAAAAAACUUGGACAUUGAGGAGGUUAGUGUUGGUCAGUGUGAAUGGCAUAACAAGUAUUAGCCCGCUGGGGAACUCAGAAGAAGACUCAUGAACCUACUACACAUUGCUUUGUCACAGUUGUCUUCAGAGGACGAUUUUAAUCACUGGGCCAACAAACGUUUCUGAAUGUGUUGAACUGCAUUGUUACAAUCAAAAAAGAAAUACUUUUGCAGAGUUUAGAAUUUUCGGUAGUUUUGAUGUAGAGCAAAUGAUGAUUUAAGUCUUACACGGACGCAAACCUUUUAACCCCUUUUUACAAUGACAGAUGGCUGUUGACUUCUGACAUCACGACACUUGACCAUCUUGGCCUUUUUUUUUGUUUUGUUUUGUUUUUGCAAAAAGCUGUUUCAUUGUAACUUUGUUUAGUGUGAAGAAAAAUGUCAUUGUCAUGCCAUUAUAUUGUGGGUAUGUGGUGGUAAGUGGUUACUUUUUGAGACUUGUCUUCAACAACUGCAGUAUUUGAAAGGUUUCUGUUAUAAAAAUGUUUGUUGUUUUCAUAUUUACACAGAAACUUUCAGAGAACAACUUCUUACCACUUUUGUAUGUACUCAUGUAUUUUGAAAAUCUUGGUUUAUUCAAUACAAUUGUUUCCAAUUCGUU